GGCGCUACCGCGGGUGGCUGCGGAGCAGAGCCCGGGUGGAGUAAGCGGAGGAGGAGGAGGAGGAAGAUGGUGGAGCGGGAGGCCGGGCUAGCGGCUGAAGUGAAAGCGUCUGCUCAGGUUUCCUGCCCACCAGCGCGCAGCUGCUGCCAUCCGCAUCCGUGUCAGACCUGCUGCAGCUGUGCGCAGUGAGUGGAGUUGGCGCACAAACCCCGAGCAAAAAAAGACUAGAUGCUCAGAACUUUUCAGAAGCAAGGAUGGGUAUGUGCACAUAUUUCAGACUUCCUUGAGGCUUGGCUGUCGUAGAUGGGAUGAAUUAUGAGGAGAGAUUUCCAAGAGGAGAGAGGGGUCAGUGAUGGUGAUGAUCCUGGCAGGUGCUGAUUUCCUGUUAAAAGGGACGACCUUUUGUGUGCUGGGAAUUUAAUCAAGGGCUGCCUGAUAUUUCUAAGUUUGUUUCUUGACUCCAAAGCAAAAGAGAGAGAGAACACUUAUGACAAACAAUUCUGUCCAACUUUCCUUAAUCAUAAGAAGACAUUUUAAAGAAGAAUUUUUCAUCGAAAUAACAGCCUAUGCAAUUUGGGGGCUCUGUUUUUCUUGAAAUGCUUCAACACACAAUGUCAGUAGAAUAAGUGGGGCACCAUCCAGAACCUGCCAUGAACCAUUUUGAGGGACCACGUGAAGGAGAGGUAAAUGGCGAACUGUCAACUAGGGAAGUGAAUGAGUCUGUGGAGGCAGACCUGGAACACUCUGAGGUAGAAGAGGAACAGCAACAGUAUGCUAUUCAUUACCCAAGAUAUGUCAAUGGCAGCCGUGAAGGACAUUCUAGGCAGGAAGAAGAGGGCACAUUAGCACGGUCUGCUAGUACUGAAAGUGGUUUUCAUAAUCACACUGAUACUGCUGAGGGAGAUGUCAUAGCUGCAACAGAAGAUGGCUGUGAAGGAGACAGAGUCCUAGAGAAUGAGGAUGAAAGUGCCUAUGCAAUACAAUACAGACCUGAGGCAGAAGAAUACACAGAAAAUGCUGAAGCAGAACACGCUGAAACUAUUCAUAAUCGAACUCUUCCCAAUCACUUGCACUUUCAUUCCAUUGAGCAUGAGGAAGCAAUGAAUGCUGCAUAUUCAGGCUACGUAUAUACCCAUCGGCUCUUCCAUCGAGGAGACGAUGAGCAGUAUGCAGAACCCUAUGCUGACUAUGGGCUGCAAGAGCAUGUCUAUGAGGAGAUAGGAGAUACUCCUGACCUUGAUGUCAGGGAAGGUCUCAGACUCUAUGAACAAGAGAGAGAGGAGGCUGACAACUAUCGAAAAGAAGCUUUGGGAGCCCGCCUCCAUCAUUAUGAUGAAAGAUCUGAUGGGGAGUCUGACAGUCCAGAGAAGGAGGCAGAGUUUGCUCCUUAUCCAAGAAUGGACAGUUAUGAACAAGAGGAAGAUAUCGACCAAAUUGUGGCUGAAGUCAAACAGAGCAUGAGUUCUCAGAGUCUAAACAAAGCUGCUGAAGACAUGCCAGAAGCGGAACAGAAUGUGGAUACUAGUAAUUCUCCUACUAAUGUGCAUCAUGAAAGCAACAGUCAACUUCCAGUUAGCUCUAAGUCUUCGGUUAAUGUAGGAGAAUCAGUGCAACGGUAUAGCAAGGAAAAAAGGGAUGCCAUAUCGCUGGCUAUCAAAGACAUUAAAGAGGCUAUUGAAGAAGUGAAAACCAGGACCAUUCGUUCUCCUUAUACCCCUGAUGAACCCAAGGAACCUAUUUGGGUGAUGAGACAAGACAUCAGUCCAACUAGGGAUGGAGAGGAUCAAAAGCCACUAGAGGGAGAUUCUCCAUCUCCUGAUUCAUCUUCUCCUCAAGGUGCCGAAUCAUCAGGUAUGCAACAUCAUCAGGAUGUCUGUGGUAUGGCAGAAACACCUACUAAUAAGGAGUCAAGAAAAAGCUUGGCUUCAUUCCCAACAUAUGUUGAAGUUCCUGGGCCUUGUGAUCCUGAAGACUUGAUUGAUGGGAUUAUAUUUGCUGCCAAUUACCUUGGCUCCACUCAGCUCCUUUCGGACAAAACUCCGUCCAAGAAUGUGAGAAUGAUGCAAGCUCAAGAAGCUGUUAGCCGAAUCAAGAUGGCCCAGAAAUUAGCCAAAAGCAGGAAGAAGGCCCCUGAAGGUGAAUCUCAACCCAUGACAGAAGUCGACCUCUUCAUUUCAACACAGAGAAUAAAAGUGCUGAAUGCAGAUACACAGGAAACUAUGAUGGAUCAUCCUCUCAGGACCAUUUCCUAUAUUGCAGAUAUUGGGAAUAUAGUUGUAUUGAUGGCUCGCAGGAGAAUGCCAAGAUCUAAUUCCCAAGAUAAUGUGGAAGCAUCUCACCCAUCCCAGGAUGGAAAAAGACAGUAUAAAAUGAUUUGCCAUGUUUUUGAAUCUGAGGACGCACAGCUAAUUGCACAGUCCAUAGGUCAGGCAUUCAGUGUGGCCUAUCAGGAAUUUUUAAGAGCAAAUGGAAUAAACCCCGAAGACCUAAGCCAGAAGGAAUACAGUGACCUGCUCAACACCCAAGACAUGUACAACGAUGACCUGAUCCACUUCUCCAAGUCUGAGAACUGCAAGGACGUUUUCAUUGAGAAACAGAAGGGCGAAAUUCUGGGUGUAGUCAUUGUCGAGUCCGGAUGGGGAUCCAUCUUGCCUACAGUUAUUAUUGCCAACAUGAUGCAUGGAGGACCAGCUGAGAAAUCUGGGAAAUUGAACAUAGGGGACCAAAUCAUGUCAAUCAAUGGGACUAGCUUAGUUGGCCUACCACUCUCGACAUGCCAGAGUAUCAUAAAGGGUUUGAAAAACCAGGCCAGGGUUAAGCUGAAUAUAGUGAGAUGUCCUCCAGUAACUACUGUCCUCAUCCGAAGACCAGACCUCAGAUAUCAGCUGGGCUUCAGUGUACAGAAUGGCAUUAUCUGUAGCCUUAUGCGAGGAGGAAUUGCAGAGCGAGGAGGAGUACGAGUGGGCCACCGAAUUAUUGAAAUAAAUGGGCAAAGUGUUGUAGCAACACCUCACGAGAAGAUUGUCCACAUUCUCUCAAAUGCUGUUGGUGAGAUUCACAUGAAGACUAUGCCAGCUGCCAUGUACAGACUCUUGACUGCACAGGAACAACCAGUUUACAUUUAAAGCUCACCUUCCCAGUAUGCAUGGAGGGAGGAUCUUUUCCUCAUUAGUGGUUGUGUUUUGUUGUGCUGCAAUUUGGUGUCUGCAGCAACAAACAUUCUCUCUCUCUCCCCCUCUCCCUACCUUUUAUCAUUCUGCUGUGUACAAAACAUUUUUUCGUUGCACCUUUUUACUGCUACAGUUUUAUGUAAUUCUUCACAGCAAAGAAAAAUAACCAAGAUUCUCUCUUUCUGACUUACGCACACCUGCAGUUGUUCAGGCUAUAUUACCAUGUUGUGCUUCUGUGACUGUUAAGACAGACAACAAAAGUACAUGACAUGUAAGAAAGCACUGUCUACCAGAUAGGUCAAACUACAUGGCACAUCCUCUUGGAUGUGGUUUUCUUAAUUUUGAAAAGAUGCUGUGCUGCAUAUAUUAAGGGAAAAGAACCCAAUGAUGAUACUUGUUCUAAGAAAAAUGGAGUUAUAUUUGAGGAAGGAAAGAUGGGCAAAGUCCAUUUUUUAACUGUGUAUCUGGCAAAUAUUGCCUUAAGGGUAGUGUUUAUCCUAUCUGCAUUGUUGGUGGAAGAUUUUGCUACUUGCGACGUAAAAGCCUUUCUCCUCCGGUUCUUCAAAGUACUUUAUUUUUAGGUGCAGGAUGUUUUUUCCAAAUGGCUUUUCUAAUCCCUACUUUCUUUCUAAAGCUGAGUGAUGCAGUUCUAAAUACCCAACUGAAUUAGUGGGGGCAGGGGUAAGACUGUGUUCAGACCUUAAUUUCAUAUUCUUUUUCAUUUUGUGAAUGUGUAGUAUAUGUGUGUGGAUGCAGGUUGAUUGGUUGUAACAUUUUCUCAAGUCUAUACAGUUCUAAAUUGUUAUUCUGAGCCAGUAUACUUUUAACAUAUCUUUGGUCCAGAAGUUUGUAUUUAAUAUUUUAAAGGCAAGUUCUCUUUAAUUUUGGACCAUAGCAUCAUUGGAAUAGUUGAAGGCUAUAUAUUUAAUUUAUUUUGUAAUAUAUAUACAUAUAUAUAUAUAUACACACACACAUAUAAAUAUAUAUGUAUAUAUAAAUAUAUAUGUGUGUGUGUGUGUGUGUAUGAAGUUAAUCUCAAACAUGGGAUCUAAAAGAGUAUGAGCAUUUACUAGAGAUGCUUGUGCAAUGAAAGAGUGUUCCGAAAUGUUUUAGUGAUGAUAUUUAAAAUCAAGGCUAGUAGACUUCGUUAUUUGUUGCAGAAAGAAUAAAAAGUAGUUACUCUGGCACCUUGACCAUGAAUAUGUUUUUCAGGACAGAUACCUUUGUGGGAUGGAGCCACAAAAACCUAUGCCACCAGGUUCCUCAAGGCUCUUUGAUAGUUUUGCUAUGGCAUACUAACAUGGUUGCCUUUCUAGAAUUUAGCCACUGUUUCUUAUACAUGAGGGGGAAGAAAAAUUGGAGAUACAUAUUUUGUAAGAUGACACCCCAGAACACUAUUCAGGAAAGCAGUGGUGCAUCCAUUAAAGGGGUUGGGAUAUUUGCAUGUACCUGUUGCAUAGUUAAGUGAUGGCAUACGGCUGAGGUUCAGCCACUUAAUGGGUGAAAUAAAUAGGCUGAGGAAGCAGGGAGUUACUACCUCUGUACUCUACCCCCCUUAUAUUGCUGGAAGGGGCCACGUAAUAUAGGAAUUUGGGCAUUAUUUCCUCCAUCAAAGUUGUAAAUGAUAAUGUUCUGUUACCUAUAUAAUAGAUGUAUAGGAAAGACAGAACACAGAAUAGGAAUGCACAGCUGUCAGGGCAAACGCUGGCUGCCUGAUCCGAUGUACUUCGGGCUACCUUAGUCAUUCUAAAAUCUUUAGGCGUAGGUGUGUCUGAUUUACAUAUUAUCAGGCUGUUGUUUAAACUGGCAGCAACUUAAACCAAUGAGAACUCCAAAUACUGGAAAUAAAGGCAAUGUGAAUUUGGAUUCAGUCUAACUGUUGGGAGUACCAAAUAAGAGAAAUAUAAUUAAUUUUCUUUUCUUUUAAAUUGAUUUCCAUCUUGGAAAGGAAAAUAAAAUAAAAUAAUAAAUGUAAUUCAUAAUAUUUGACAAUUUACUUUAGUAUGGAACAAUUAGUAAAAGAUUUAUGAAUUUCCCCUUUUAAGGUCUUACAACAAAUCUGAAAAAAUAUGAAUGUGUAGUCCACGCAAAUGUUAUGUUUCCUUUUUUACUUGGAUAGUGAACAUCCUUGGGGGAGGGCGGUAUACACAUUAAAUUUAACAUAACAUAGGUUGAAUUUUCACUGCUGAAAAAUAGAGGCUGCUGUACAAGAGAGAGGGAAAUAGACCUCAUUUGAGUAGGGGAGGUGUUGAAAGAUUCAUAGUAGGAAUUUUAUAUGUUCAGUGUGAAAACACCCAAAUUAUUAUGUUUUUUGUUAAAGGAUUUCAAACCAUGGAAUGAUUUUUAAAAAUACAGUAGUAUUAAUUUUCCAGGUUGCUGAUAUUAUUUUGUAUUUAGAUAGAUAGGCCUGGAUGAAGAGUUCUGAGCUUUCCGAAAGCCCACAUGAACAAUUUUCAUAAGUAACUGUACAUGAAUAUACAAAAACCAAUGGAAGCAUGAUAUAUACUACAUAUAAUUUAUUUUAGAUACCAUACAUUAUUUCCUCCCUCCCUGGCUCACCUUUAGAAGAAGAAGAGUUGGAUUUAUAUCCUCCCUCUCACAACAAACAUCCUGUGAGGUAGGUGGGGCAUUCGCACAGCAGCAGUCGGAAGCCACUGUUUCUGAAAUACCCCGCUCAGGGAGCACGGUUCAGAAACAGCGGCUUCACGCCGCUUGGGGGUUGUGAGGCCACCGCUGCUGCGAUGCGGCAGCGGCAGCCGUGCAAACCCCUCCCCAGGGACACUGUUUUUAGUGUCCCUGGGACACUGUAUUCCGCCUGUGUGGAAAAAGCCUAAGACAAGUCUUCCCUCAUUUCCCUACAUUUAAAGCAGAUGUUCCAGAAAUUUCACCCAUGUUCCAGAAAUUGGAAUAAAAAGCUAAGAGGGCCCAGCUAUUGCUCAGCAGUGUUAAUUCCCAGAAUAAAUUUGUUCUUGCUUCUGGCUCACCUAAGACAGUUAUUUUCAUAGAUUUUGGAGAGUGUUGUAUCAGCACAAAUGGGAACAGAGCCAAUAUAAAAGUUAAAGAAAGAUCUAAACAUUGACAUCUUUGUAACUGGAAUUACUAUGAUCAGUUUUCAAAUUAGUAGAAAUAUCAGAGAAAAUCAUUCAUUUCUCAAGCAGCUUCUGGUCUGUGUUAUUGCAAUAGGCUUUAACACUAAUUGGGAUAUAAGAGGCUUGUUCCCAGUACCAGAGCCUCCUCUUGCGUACAUGAGUGUUCUUAAACUAAACUAUACAAGGAUGUGAAUCUCUUCCUAAUUAUGGAAGCUGCUGUUGCAGUCAGAGAAAUUGUUGUAUAAAUAGCUCAGUUCAUCCAAAUGAUUUUCUGUACAAUUUAAGGGUAGAACCUUUUAGCUACAUUUUUAAUAACCAAUUAAAGUCUUCAAUGUGCAGGAUUUGAAUAAUAUGAAUUGGAAGGUUAGAGGCGACACCAUUGGUUGAACAGUGAUGCAGAUUACAUUCUCUGUGGAAUCAGAAGUUUAUUUUAUAUGCACUUCAGUUUGCAAACUCCAGCAAGGAUGAUAACUGCGUAUCCUAACAACUCUUCCAUGUUUACAAUAAAGUUGAAAUUGUCUCUUGAUUUAUCCUUGUGUGUCUGGAUCACAUUAUAACUUGCAAUAUAUUUUGAAGUUUCCCAAGUUCAGGCUUUUGUGAUACGGUGGGAAGUUCGUUGUACUUUGGGGAAUUUUUUUAAAAUCCUGUGUCUGAAGAUGGCAAGCGUGUGUGUGUAUAUAUACAUAGAGGGAGCACAGUACUAAUGGAUAGGAAACGGUACUAUUGUUCUAUAAAGAGGAUGAAUAGAAAUUAUUGAAAACUGUUGGAAGAAGUAUAGUAUUGUAUUUGUAAUAAUAUUGUUCUUUGUAAACACUAAACUUGAUGAGCUCUAUAUAAAUAUAUACAUAUUAUAUAUACAUAUUAUAUAUAUAUACACACAAAAAUGUGAGCCUGGGAUCUUGAUACACCUCUACUGAAUGUAACUUUUCAGACUUCUGUCGCAGGUCUUUGGCCCCUUUUCUGUAUUGAAGCUUAAGGGGGAUAUGGUUUGAUUAUUUUUCUUGGCCUCUGUUUUGUUGUGAUGUAUUCAUGUGUGCUACAUUCCUUUAUUUAACAGAGUGCUAAUAUCUGUAACAUUUGCAACAAUAAACAAACAUACCAAAAAAAGGCAUUAGAUAACA